AUGUCUCAAUCACAGGGCUCCCGACUAGCAAAUAAAGUAGCCAUCGUGACUGGCGGCGGGUCUGGAUUUGGUGCUGCAAUUGCUGUUAGAUAUGCCCAAGAAGGCGCAAAGGUGAUAAUAGGUGACAUAAAUGUCGAUGGAGGCGAAAAGGUAGCUUCCAGCGACCCGUCGAGCAUCACCUUUCAGAAGAUGGACGUCACUAGAUCCGAGGACUGGAAGGCAGUUCUAGACCUUGCAGUGUCGAAGCAUGGAAAGGUAGAUAUACUUGUGAAUAAUGCGGGGACAACUUACAAGAACAAGCCAUCCACCGAAGUUACAAUGGACGAAUUCGAACGGGUUUUUAAUGUUAACGUGAAGAGCAUCUUCCUUGCCUCUCAGUUGUUCAUCCCGGUCCUAAUCAAGCAAGGACAUGGCGGAUCAAUGAUAAACAUCUCUUCGACAGGUGCGCAACGGCCCCGUCCGGGGCUAGUAUGGUACAAUGCCUCGAAGGGGGCGGUGUCGAACGCCACCAAGGGUCUGGCGGCGGAGUACGGCAAGCACCAGAUUAGAGUGAACAAUGUGUGCCCGCUACUGUCUGGAACUGGUUUGUUUGAGAUGUUCACUGGUAUACCGGAUACCCCCGAGAAUCGACAGAAGUUCAUUGAUAAUGUGCCGUUGGGGAGGUUGGCGGAGGCAGAAGACAUUGCUAACAUGUGUUUGUAUCUGGGGUCUGAUGAGGCGAGGUUUAUUAACGGUGGAGAUUUUGUUGUUGAUGGAGGAAAGUGUAUUUGA